AUGUACGAAGAUGCUCGCCGCAACUUCACAACUCCUGAAUCACUUAUGGGACCUCAAACAACCGGCUGUCCCAUUAUAUUCAAGGGACGGGAGACCGAAGAUAAAUUGGACGCCUUGAUUGAACAAGUAGCACUUCUCGCAUCGAAAGUAAGCGACACACCUACGCAAUCAAAAACAAAAGGACCACAAGCGCCUUCAUACGCUCUAGCGGCCUCCAAGCAUGCCCCAACCACCAACAACACAAAGGGAAAUACAACCCAAGCGCACCAACAACCGCCAAAACAAGCACCCAGAUUAAAGGCAACAAACGCCAUCACCCUUGUUCACGAACCGGGGUCUGAUAUCACACACCCGGGUCUGUCGAACGCCAAACUCAUAAAAGAGCUCAACGUUGCGUUUUGA